UCGCUUCUGAUUGGUUAUGGAGGCUGGGUGAGGCUCACGCUGUGGAAUCAUGUCCUCUCCUCAAACUCAGACGGAGUUUUCUCCUCUUCUUUACACUCGUUUCUUGUCUUCCUCUGCGCAAACUUGAAAGAAAGACGACGUGCUAACUCGGAGUGUGAACAGCUUUAACAUGGUGUCGAUAAGAGACAUGUAAAGGACAGGACGAGAGAGAGAGAGUUAGUUCAGAUGAGUCGACUCCAGUCCUGGAUUUUUCUUUGCAGAAAGUAAAUGUUGAGUCCCAGCGUGUGCACCAGGACUUUCCAUAUCACACACUUCCAUCAGCUACCUCUUCAAAUUAAGAAGCAUCAUGAUGGCCUUAAUGUGCCUCAGCCUGUCAUCUCUGCUUGCCCUGGUCACAGCAGGAGGAGUAAGGAACUGCCACCCGAAAUGCCGCUGCGAGGUGGAGAGCUACGGCCUGUUUGACAGCUUCAGCCUUACCAAAGUGGACUGCAGUGGGCUCGGACCGGAUGCCACUCCCAUCCCCAUUCCUCUAGACACGUCCCACUUGGACCUGUCCCACAACUCCAUUAGCUACAUCACAGACUCUAUGCUGUCAGGACCCGGAUACACGACUCUGGUCAGCUUGGAUCUCAGCAAGAACUUGAUAUCAAGAGUGAGCUCCAAGGCCUUUAACAAACUGCGCUACCUGGAGACUCUGGAUCUCAGCCAGAAUGUUCUAGAGAAUCUCAGCGAUGGAUGUUUCUCUGGGCUUCCUUUGGCCGAGGUGGAUCUCAGCGACAACGAGUUCCGUGAAUUUGACCUAAAUGUGUUCAAGACACGAGGCCAGGAAACCCCUAUCAGCGUAGAUCUUUCUUAUAACCUUCUCAGCAUGGUUUCGUGUAACCCUCACCUCCAUGCUCCAUUCAUCAAGAGCCUGUUGCUGGCAGGCAAUCAGCUCAGGACAGUGCCCAGACUUGCAGGAAUUCCCUUGCAGUAUUUGAGUCUGGAUGGAAAUCUCAUCCAAAGCAUAGAUGAAGGAGCCUUUGAGGAGCUGACGGAUCUCCUCUAUCUCUCUCUCAGCGGCCUCCCCGAGCUGUCAGUGAUCCAUCCCAACAGCUUCAGAGGCCUGAGGAAUCUCCAAGUCUUGGACCUUUCAAACAAUGUCCAGCUCAAGGCUUUGAAUCCAGAUGUGUUUGAAGGACUGAGCGCUUUACAGGAGCUCAAUCUGUCCAAAUCGGUGGCCACUCCGUUACCUGUGGCCAUAUUUAACCACAUGCCGAGUAUUAAAAGUGCGACUCUGGGGCCAAAUAUGCAUUGCUGGAAAACACACAAGCAAGAACAGUUUCAUAGGCAGAUAGGACAAGCGAAAGCAAACGAGAUUAUGACUUGUGAUGUUCCAGGAAUCAUAUUGUAACAAAAAACAAUGCUUGAAAAGUCAGUAAAAAUUAUAUUUUUAUUUUCGUGCCUUAUUUCUCUGAGACUGAUAUUUUUAUUUUGGCCUCAUUUAUCAAUCUGAAAUUAUUUUCCUAAAUAAAACCAAAUUA